UCGACCGUGGGAGUUUACCGGUAACGGUUGAGUUGAAUGUUGUCUUAGAUAAAAAAAAUAAAAAUAAAAAAAAAACAACAACAAUAAAUAAAUAAUGGCGAGAAAAAAAUGUUGGGUCAACGUGGAGUCCCGGUGCCAUCCAAAGACACGUUCAAAGAUUAUCCAGCUGCGAAAUUUAUUGAAGGUACCGUGAGAUCGGAAAAAGACGUGACAAAAGAACAGCGAGUGGGUGACGAUGGAAGAAAAAGAAGAAAAAAAUAGUUCAAUUGAUUUAUAAAAAAUAAAAAUUACACAGAACGAUAUUGAUUUUUCAUAAAUAUUUCACUAAUUGAACGUGAAAAAUUGAUUAAUUAAAUAAUUUAAACCAUUGCCACAAAGUGUUGUCAGAUAAAAAAGAGGAAAAAUAAAAUUUUAAAUAUAAAAAAUCGACAGUACAGCACUCGGGCUUAAUAAAAUUAAUAACUAGUUUUGCUGUAAAAAGACAAAGAGAAUACUGGGUCAUAGAAUAUCGACUUGUGAAAUUUGAAUAAAUUUAUAUUAAUACCCAUGGUAAAUAAUAAAAAUAAAUUUAUACAUCAAAGAGCUUAUUACAUCAUCAGCAACGAAUUACAUUCAAUUUAUUAUCUACAAAAAUUCGUUUAUUAUUUUAUGUUCCUCUUAAAUUUAAUUAUUAAUACUAAAAAUAUGUAGCAAAGUUAAUUUUAAAAAUAUAACUUUUCCAUACUGUUAUGUGACACGAUCAAUGUUACUAAAUUUAAAAAUUUAAUAAUUCUCGCACGAUAAAGAAAAAAAAAACUGAUCGUAAAUCAGAAGAAAACACUGAAUGUGAAAAUUGACCAUUCACUAGUACGUGGUGGAGUCAAGUAAAGUGUGAACUAGUUUCGUAACUAUACAUAUUACGUAUAUAUAUCGGUGCACAUUGGAAACCGAAGAGAUUUAAAUUGGAUCGGUAAUACGAGUUAUUCCAACGGCAAGAUGAAACUUGGAGAUAACAUGACGACCGUAGAAGGAUGCAAAAUUUGGAGUGACGUUUGUCCACGUAAAACUCGACCUCCGAGAAUUGGUGAUAUCCCAAAACACGUCGCAAUUGACGAGGAAUCGCCAAGCUCGUCGUCUCACUUACUGGUAACGCCAUUAGAAGUGACGAAGCCAGGUCACGGUACAGUAAACUCGACAUUACUGUCAGUGAAGGAAAAAUUGUCAAGCACAAUUGGAUCUCUUGAGCCCAACAAAAUAGUUAUAGAUAAUAAUGAUAACGAUAACGAUAACGAUAAUGAUGUAUCAGAAAGAAUAACUAACGUCAAUAUUAGUGAAAAAAAUCAGCAAGAAGAAAAAUGUUAUCAAUUGCGAGACAAUUAUCGCCAACAAUCAAAAAGUUCAUUGUCAGCAGAUACAGCUGAAGAAUUUGAUGAAAUUAAUUGGGACACACGAAAAGAUAGUGCGGUAUGUCUUGAUGAUACCGACGAAUUAGAUCAACUUAAAGAAAGACUACUUGUUCAAAAAGUUAUCAGAUCUGAUUCACCAUCACGAAAUUUAUCUCCGGAUAAUACAACCACGUCUUGCAGUAGAUUAUCUUUAUCAUUUCUGAGUAAUCAACGUAUUCCGGCUGUUUAUGCGACCUGUAAAAAUAGCGAAGAAUUAAGUGAAGUGCAAAAGGACUGUAUUAAUAAUCCGUCGUUAGCAAAAUACUACCGACCUAGACGUGAAAGCAGUGGCUACUCUAGUAAUCUCAGUACCUUUGAUGAAGAUCGUAGAAACUCUACAACCAUUGAAGCAUUUCAGGGUUUCAAUAGUGGAGCACAACGUGAAAGACGCAGAUCAUCAACAGCUAAACGAUUUAAUCUCAACAGAUUUGCAUCAACAAAAGAAGAAGAAUCUGAAAGAAUGCCAACUUCAGAAGUUAUUUAUCGUAAGGUAUCAACAGCUGGGCUGAUUGAGAUGCCGGAUAUCAAAGAGCUCAAAGAAAUAUCUGAAGAUGUUAAAUGUUCAUCACCGGACGAUGAACUUGUAUGUUUGUCGACGUCAGGCCUUGAUAUUCUUACGGCUAAAAAGCCCGAGGAUAAAGAAUCGUUGAAGUUCACUCAGAAAACUUCAAUUUAUAACAAAGAUCAUGAAACUGAUGCUACUAAAGAUGUGCUAGUAAAUGAUACACGAGAUUGUGUUAAUGCUUCUGCUAUUGUCACUGAGAGGUCAGAUAAAAGGAACAUUCAAGAGAUUCACGGUAUACUUGGACAAACGAGUUUGAGCACUGAUUCUUACAAAGAAAUUUCUACAGCAAUGUCAAAGGAUAUAUGUCAAAGUAGCAUUAGCGAUGAUUCUCUUAACGUUUUAUCUGGGACACGUAAUGAUAAGUUAAUAAAAAACUAUCAAGAAACAUGUUGUCAAAAAAGAGAGGAAAAACGUAACUCAGAAUUUGAAAAUCCAGUUCCCGGAAAUUCACCGGCUUUGAAGUUGAAUGAAAAGAUGAACGAUAAAGUGGGCUCAAUCAGCAAAGUGAGUUCACGAUCACAAAGCUGCAAUAUUGUUGAUGAAAGUCUUCGUAAACCUCUUAAAGGAUUGACAUCAUCUCCAAACUCUAGUCCGAAAUCGUCGAGACACCGUAGUCGGAUAAUCCAUCAGUAUAGUUCGCCUUUGUCCUCAACAAUGGAGCUGGAAAGUAUUUCUGAAAAACCUCAGGAUGACAGUUAUGCUGGUAAAAAUUUAACAGUCGUCGUUGACAAUGACGACGAUGAUGAUGAUGAUGAUGAUGAUGAUGAAGGUGAUAACAUUUGCGACGACGACGAUCGUGAUGUUUUCGUUGCUAGAAGACGUGCCAAUAGAAUUAAAAAACUAAAUGAGACUGAACAAUUAGAUACUAAAAAAUUAUUCCCAAGAUCAGUUAAAGUUUAUCAGCUUUUGUCAACGCAAUCGGAGGAUCGCGAGGACGGAGAGCCGAGAUUUAUGGACAGAAGAACAUCUCUUCAAAUAAAUCGACAAGAUGUCGAAGAAGAAACUAUUCCACGUACAGCUUUGUGUAUUCCAGAUGAUAAAAAACUUUUGCAUGCUGAAAGUGUACCGCUGAUUAAAAUUCCUGGACCAGUUGAAGAAACUUGUGUGGAAAAUGAUUCACUAAAGAUCGGAAGAUUAUCGCCAGUUGGUAAACUAUCUUCUACUGCGGUUAAUGUUAAUCAAAAACCAGGGGACAGUGGAGCCGUUGGGAUAAGACCUAUUUAUCCUUAUUGUCCUUAUUCGCCUUACGGUAGCCCGCAGGGAUCCCCGAGAAUACGGAGACGACCACUUAGGGAAAGUAGAAGAGUCAGCAUCGAUAAUAAACAAGGCGCGUUGCAGCUCAAUCAAUACAAGUUGUUAGAUAAUAUUGGCCAGGGAUCAUUUGGUAUCGUUAAAUUGGCAUUUAAUGAAGAGGACGAUACUCACUAUGCAAUGAAAAUUUUAAGUAAAAAAAAAUUAAUGAAAAAGGCCGGAAUAUUUGGAAGGAUGGCGCCUGGUAGAAAAGGAGUUUCGAAUCCGCUUGCUAAAGUUUAUCGUGAAAUAGCGCUACUUAAAAAGUUAGACCAUCCGAAUGUCGUAAAACUGGUUGAGGUACUUGAUGACCCGGAUGAGGACAACCUGUACUUAGUCUUUGAAUUGGUAGAAAGGGGCGAGGUACUUGAAUUGCCGACAGACAAACCUCUUGAUGAGGAAACUGCGAGAAUUCAUUUUCGAGAUGUCGUUUUAGGUGUUGAGUACUUACACUACCAGAAAAUAGUCCACCGAGAUAUAAAGCCUAGUAAUUUAUUGGUGGACAGUGAGGGUCGGGUGAAGAUUGCUGACUUGGGUGUUAGUGCAGAGCUACGAGCUUCUGGUGAGCUUCUAUCUGGAUCUGCGGGUACACCGGCGUUCGCCGCGCCGGAAACAACAGUCCCUGGUGCUCAGUAUUCUGGAACGUUAUGUGAUGUUUGGUCGAUGGGCGUGACUUUGUACACUUUGGUAAUAGGAAGAGUACCUUGGGAUGGUUCCGGAAGUAUAAUAGGUGUUCAAGCAGCCGUUAGAACAGAACCAUUACGUUUUCCCGAUUCUCCUGUACUUACUGAUGAUUUACGUGAUCUGAUAAUUAGAAUGCUGACUAAGGAUCCAGCAAUGAGAGCUAGUUUGCAAGAGAUAAAGACUCAUCGCUGGUUAACCAACUACGGAAAGGAACCACUACCAAGUGAGGCUGAUAACUGUCGACUUCCGGUCACCGUUACCGACGAGGAAGUUGCACGAGUUGUCACAAGAGUACCUAAACUUGACACACUUAUUCUUAUCAAAACGAUGCUCAAGCAACACAGUUUUCAGAAUCCAUUUUUACCAAAGCGAGUUGUAAGACCGGCUUGUCGAGAUAGUGAUCCAAUGUCUGGCAACCUCAAGCUCGCCUCAACUGGUGAUGAUAGUGACGUUACUACAUCUCGAGAAGUGGCCAAGAGCAAAACUCAGCAAUUUCACAGAGCCGGAAGGAGCAAUUCUGCUCCGGAUUCGUUCGAGUGGCAGACAAGUGGAAGACAAGUAUCAAUCGAUACUCCUUUGUCACCAGUCACGGAAGCCUCGAUUCAGGAAACAGAAAUCAUUAAACGGUGACACAGCAUUAAAUCAAUGAACGAUAAAACUCACACUGUGGAGAGCUCUCAGUAAUAAAUGGAAGUAAACAGGCCUAGAUUGCGUAUGAAGCUAAAAAAAUAGUAGGGACCAAAAAAAAAAUAGAUGGCUGACGAUGAUUAUGAUAAUUAGGAAAUAAAAUAAUUUCUUUGCCGAUCAAUGAUUGAGAAUCGCUCAAAUAUUAAUCAACGAAAUAAAUCUUCCAAUCUUAUAUAUAUUUAUUUAAAAAUUAUUAUCAAUCAUCUGUCGUCAGUAUUGUGUGCACUGUUCGUGUACUAUAAUUAUAUCAAGUAAAAAAUUACAUUUAUUUAAAAAAUAAUUAUUUAAUAAUGAGAUCCUGCGAUAUGACAUGCUAUUCUUUUAAGAGUUAACACGACAUUGAUUUAUUGUCACGUUAGUCUGUAACUAAAUAACUUAAGCAUUAUUUUUUUAUUUUUUUUUAUUUUACAUUAGAUAUUUUUAGAGGACCAAUAAAAUUGUUAUCAUCUUAAUUUAUCGUUUAUUAAUUAUGUUAAUUUUUUUUUUUUUAUCAUCAUCACCCAUGAAAAAAAUUUAUAAAAAAAAUAUAUGU